AUGGAUGCAUCCGAGCCAGAGUCGCAUCCCCCGCGCGAGGAGCCCAUCAACUCCAUCGAGGAUGACGGUGUGAUCACCAGAGAACUAUGGAAGUCGAUGAUGGAUGUGGUCAUAUCGAUUUACAAUUACCGAGAAGAUGAUGGCCAUGAUCCGUCGCGAUUGUUCCAUCGCAGUGUCAACAAGCGCUUUGUUCCGGACUACUACGAUAUCAUUAAGGAGCCAAUGGCUCUCAGUAUCUUGAAAGCACGCAUCAACAAGCGGGAAUACAACCAUUUUUCGGAAUUUGUCCGCGAUUGUGCUCUGAUCCCACACAAUGCGCAAACCUAUAACAGACCUCGAUCACAAGCUUACGAGGAUGCGCUGGUUAUCAGAGAUGUUUUUGCGUCCGAGUUCAGGAAGCUAGCUGCGCAAGGUGUGAUUUCCGCCCAGGAAGCAGAACUCCCCGAUCUAGGUGAAAUCCCCGAGGCCGAUCCUUUACCUGAUGACGACGAAGAGGAAGAGGAGGAGGAGCCAGAGGAAGACGAGGACGAUGACGAGGUUGAGAUGGAUGGUUCUGAGGAUGAGGGCCGAAGAAGGAAGAAGCCCGGUCCCAAGCCUGGGUUCAAGCGUGGAAUGGCUCAGAAGCCGGAGCCAGACCUGCGAAAGAAACGCGGCCGCCCUCCACGCGUGGAUACACCCAUGGAAACUAGAAUCAAGACCAUUCUCAAGGGAAUCCGCAAAUUCAAGGGUGCUGGUGGCCACUUGAAGAUCACACACUUUGAACGACUCCCCGACAAAGCUACUUACCCGGAUUAUUACAUGGAGAUCAAGGAUCCUAUUGCUAUCGACAUCAUCAAGCGCAAAUCCAAGCGCAAGAAGUACAACUCGGUCGAUCAUUUCAUGCGGGAUCUUGAUCUCAUGUUUGAGAACGCCAAGACAUACAAUCAAUCCGACAGCGAGAUCUUCAAGGAUGCUGUCGAUCUGCAGAACGAAUCACGAAAAUUGGCCGAGCAAGAAAAGAAGAAGCCCGAUAGUGAGUUUUUGAUGGAAGAUGGCCGCUUCCCUCUGCCCGAUGGUAUCCUUCACCGCGGUGAGUUGUGGAAGGUUGGAGAUUGGGUUCACAUUCAGAACCAAAACGAUGUGACCAAGCCGAUUGUUGCGCAGAUCUACCGGACAUGGCAGGACUCCGAAGGGGAGAAAUGGAUCAAUGCAUGCUGGUACUACCGUCCAGAGCAGACCGUCCAUCACUUCGAAAAACACUUCUAUCCUAACGAGGUCGUCAAAACUGGACAAUAUCGGGAUCAUCGAAUUGAUGAAAUUGUGGACCGUUGCUUCGUGAUGUUCUUUACUCGCUACAGCCGUGGUCGCCCGAGGGAUCUCGCGCCAGACAAAGAAAUCUACGUCUGCGAGGCUCGCUACAACGAGGAAAAGCAUAAAUUGAACAAGAUCAAAACAUGGGCCAGUUGUCUACCAGACGAGGUGCGCGAAAAGGACUACGAGAUGGACCUAUUUGAUGUUCCGCGCAAGAUCAAGAAGAUUCCCAGUCCGAUCAAGCAUCUUCUGAAGGACGACGCAAAAGAGACCGACGACCUCCCCCGACCGACUUGGGGAACAGACAACGCACCCCCUGUCGUCGGCGCCGUUCACCGCCGCCCCCGCGAUGAGAACGAAUCUCCACCACCAGAACCAACUCCAUCUCCACCACCUCCACAACCUAUGGCAGUCGCACCACGUCAAUCCAUGGGCCUACGAGACUCCGCAGCUGCACUCCAAGCACGCUCGCCCGCAGCCCCAAUUGCCACCCAGACAUCACCCGGUCCAGGUGCCUCCCCGGGCUUCCAGGGCCAUAUGACCCCUGCUCAGAUGUACCAAGCAUCUCUCAAUCGGCGACCGAGCAACUUCGCCGCCCCGCAAACGCCAGCAGGCUACCAAGGCCUCCAGGCCCCGAUGGCCUCAGCUCAACCCUCGCCAUACAACUACUCAGGACGCAUGCAGGCCCCAGCCGCAGUCUACAACCCCAACGCGCCGCGCCCAGUGGAAGUAUUCCACCUCAGCGACGCAGCCAACGCCUCAAUCCCAGAGGAUAUCCGCCACCAGUUCCACUGCGAUGACCUUGGUCGCGUUCUUUUCUUCUCUGCCCCGCCAGUGGAUUACAUCCCGGCUUCGCCACAGACACUCGGCCACUCCCUUAAGUACCUGGCCACCAAAGACGACCAUCAGAAGAAGGUCGAAGAACGUAAGCGCAAGCUAGCCGAAGAAAAGAACGAGCGAGAAGAAAGCGCAAAGCGUCACCGUGCCAAUAUCGAGACUGCCCUAAAGACCCGUGUCGAUGCUCUCGCCGGAAAGGCAUUCGAGACCCUCGUCUCACGUGUCGUGUCUGGUACGGAUCAAAUCUACAAAAAUCAAGCAGAUGGUGCUCGUGCUGCAGAUGUGAGAACACGCGAGCGUGUCGUUCUAGCGGAUCAAGUGGCCAGAGAGCAGACACAGCAGAUUCAGGCUCAAUCUACCGGCGAGGGAUUGGUCAAUCUGAAGGGGAGCGCCAUGUACCUGGAUGAGAUGUAG